GGGACAGACAAUGAGGGAGAUGAGACUAUGAGGCGAAUCAACUUCACAUGGUUUGAAGGGAUGGGAGAAUAGGGGUCUGCUCCACCGAAAAUUUGGCAUCCUCUGUCGACAAGGAAGCCAGGUCGCCGAAUGUGUUGGAUCGUCCGUCUCCCCGAUGAACGGGGUGCUCGCUUUCAUCCGACUCAUGCUACCGAGCUUUUUCUAUGGGACUCGGAAGAACUGGGCCUUUUUAUUCUUCUGCUUUCUUCUUGGCGAAGAAACGUCUCCAAUCAAAUGCGUAAGAAGUCUCCCUUGGUGUCCCGGCGUCGGGGGGGAUUAUCGGACCCGUUUUGCCCUCGUAGUUAAAGUCCAUUGGGCGGGUGAGAAGGGGUUAUUAAGGGGGUCGAUGGCAUAUCGUUGUAUGGGAGACGUGUAUAUGGCAGAGAAUAGGUACCGAGUGAGAAGAACCCGCUGGGAUGGGCUGGGGGCCAGAAUGCUCAAGAUCCUCCAGCUUCAGGCGAGAAGGUCCAGUGAGCUAUAGACGACAGAACACACCGAACUACGUAGGAGUCGUUCCUACUAGACUUAAGAAGGCCCCCUAACGGUGGUAUCGACGAAAAUCAAUCAGCCUCAGAUUGCCACGAU